GAUCCAGCCUGCGCAUACAGUGCAGUUCCUGAGCCUGUAUGUCAAGGGGCAAAUGCACUCAAACCUCUCCGACCCGAUACAGCACAGGCAUGCUGGGAACGCCAUAUGCAAAUGAUGCAACACAGCGCUCCGCCCCCUCGACGUUGGGGCGGUUACCGUGUCGGCCCAGUGCGCAGGCGCGGGAAAGUUGAACUUCGGAAGUAAAGUUUGUAGAAAUUGAGUGAAAGCGUGUGUGCGCCAGUACGACUGAGGCAGAACCCCGAUCCAGGUACCUCCAUGGCCGGCUCUGAAGAGUUGGGUCUCCAAGAGGACACACUGAAGGUUCUGACUGCCUUCCUUAGGCGCGGUGAAACUGCUGGGUCCCCUGUCCCAACUCCACCCAGGAGCCCUGCCCAAGAAGAGACAACAGAUUUCCUGAGCCGACUCCGAAGAUGCCUCCCUUGUCCCCUGGGGCGAGAAGCUCCUCCCCCUGAGUCCUCUAGGCCCUGCUUCCUUCCCCUCCGUCCCUGCUAUGGUUCAGAGCCUGGCCCAGCCUCUUCAGACUUCUAUGCCCUGGUUGCCCAGCGUCUGGAACAGUUGGUGCAGGAGCAACUCAAGUCUCCGCCCAGCUCAGAGAUCCAGGGACCCCCACCCACGGAGAAGGAAGCCCUGCUAAGGAGGCUGGUAGCCUUGCUGGAGGAGGAGGCAGAAGUCAUCAACCAAAAGCUGGCCUCUGACCCGGCCCUGCAUCGUAAGCUGGCCCGCCUGUCAGCAGGCUCUUUCGCCCGCCUUGUGGAGCUCUUCUCUAGCCGGGGAGGCAGUUCCUCCCCAAACUGCUCAAGUCCCUCGAUGCCGUGCCCAGGGCCCCCACCGCCAUCCCCAGAUCCGCUGGCACGCCUAGCACUAGCCAUGGAGCUGAGCCGGCGCGUGGCUGGGCUUGGGGGUACCCUGGCCAGCCUCAGCAUUGAGCAUGUACACAGCUUCGCGCCCUGGAUCCAGGCCCAUGGGGGCUGGGCAGGCAUCCUGGCCACCUCACCUGUGGACUUGAACUUGCCUUUGGACUGAGCGUUUCCUCUGAACCGGCUGCAGGUGACCGAAGUAUGACGACACACAUUCUUCAGGGCUGUAGGGUGGCGGUUGCCCUACUUUUCUUUUUUUGCCAAAAAGACUGUUUAGUAUUAAAAGCUUUGUUCUUUGACUAGAGCACUAAAGUGUUUGAGUGUGUGUGUGUGUGUGUGUGUGUGUGUGUGUGUGUGUGUGUGUGUACACGUGUGUGUACAUGUGCAUUUGAGUAAGUGCAUGGAGGUGGGAGGCCAAGGUUGGGGUCUUCCUUCAUCACAACCCACCUCUCUGUUGCUGUGUAGCCUGGCUAGCCAGGAAGUCUGGAUUCCCGAGUGUUGGGACUUGCACUGGGCGUGGAGACUCACUCCUUUAUUCCCACCCUGGCACUCAGAAACAAGUGGAACUCUGAAUGUGGAGCCAGGCUGGUCUAAUAGGAGUCAGGAUCGCAAGGGCUAUAUAGUGAGACCAUCUCAAAAAUACAAAAGCAAAAAGUAUUAAAUUUUACAUGUAUGUUUGUAUCUGCAUGCAUGUAUGUGCACUACAUGUGUGCAGUAUGUGUGUCCAAGCACUUUUAUUUUUUUAAAGAUCUGUUUUUUUGUGUAUGAGUACAUUGUGCCUGUCUUCAGACAUACCAGAAGAACCAUCUCUCCA